CUGCUCAAUUCUUUUGGCGAUGGCGUUCUGGAAGCUGUUUCUCCUAGUUUCCACUAUGUUCGCCGUCACUUUCGCAGAAUUUACGUUGGCGGACGGUGAGUUAUUCUCGGAAGACAUUGCCGCCGUUUUGCAACCGGUGGAUGAUUCAGUAUCUCUGUCAAAUGCUGCGGAACUCAAGCUCCACCGCCUCAAGUCGAAGAUUUCUUUGUUAGAGGCCAGCAUUGAAGACCAAGCGGUGGAGUUAACAAGGAAGGAUGGUAGUAUCGAGCACAUGGAGAAACUUAUUGCAGAGAGAUCGAACAUCUUGACAUCUUUGCAGGCUAAAAUACAAUCGUUUCAGGGGUCGUCACAGGCAGAGUUAAUGGCGAAUGUCAAAACACGUGUUAAUGAACUUGAGAAACAGGUUGUGACUAUUAAAAGGGUAAUCGAAGAACAAAACAAGAAAAAGGAUGCGCUGAAAACUCGGGCAAAUGUAGCUGAGGAAAAAAUCAAGGAACUAAACUUGAAGCUUGAAAAUCUGCAAAGAAUUAAUGAUGAGCAAAAAUCAAGAAUUCUCAAAAUCCAAGAUGCUCUUCAAAUGGCUGAGUUAAAAAUGCUUAAAGCCAAACUGGAGGCUUCUUUAGUAUCCGAACAACUCAAAGAGGUUAAUCAAGCAUGGUUACCACCUUGGGUUUCUGCUCAUCUAUCUCAUUGUCAGUCUUUUGUUUCGACUUACUGGAAUGAGUUUGGGAGACCAACCCUUGAUCAGUUCAUUCAAAAGGCUUGUGAGCAGAAAAAUGAAGUUGGAAAGUGGGUUCAGCAUUACUCAGAGAGAAUCAAAUCAAAAUGGUUCCCAGCUAUCAAGGAAAAGUACAGCGCUAUUGUGGACGACUUUUAUCCGUUGAUGCAAUCAUUUUCUGCUCAAGUGAUAGGUUACUAUCAACUGUCCUUGAGCACCAUUAAACCACACAUAGAGAAUACGAUAGAGAUAAUGAGUCCAUACUUCCAGGAAGCAAAGAUCGUUGUGAUGCCGUAUGUAAAUCAAAUUUCAGAUAUAACUAAACCUUAUCUUGAUAAAGUUAUAUUAUUCUCGGAGCCGUAUUGGCAGGAAAUGGUUCAGUAUAACAGAAAGAUCACCACGAUUGUUGGAGAAUAUCAUUCUAUGAUCCAAGCAACUUUACAUGAAACACUGAAUAGUUACGAGUUCUCAAAGCCCUUUGCAACAGAGGGGCUAGUUUGGCUUAUGGCUUCUCUUAUAAUGGCAUUGCCCGCCAUUCUUCUUUUGCAAAUGCUUUUGCUGAGACAGCCAAAGAAGCGCCGCCACCGCAAAACAAGUAGAAGCCACGGCCGUAAAGGGCACAAACCCAAAGCCAAGCCCAAAAGGGUGCAUAAAGACUAGUCUUCUGGGCAACAUGGUUAUACUCCCACUUGAAGUACAAGUUACUUACACUGGUACAUAUUUAUCUCCAACAGCUUCUUGAUUGGUAUCUAUCUAUCCAUCUUUCUAUCUAUAUAUAUAUAUGUGUGUAUAUAUAUAUAUAUACCUGCCAUGGUUUCAUUUGAUAGUUACCCUUCUUGGCCAGCCAGGACAGGUUAACGGCCGGGAUUGUCGGAGGGUAAGUCGAUUUGUGAAUGGAUCAUAUCCAUCCCCACCCCUGUCUACCAUUCUCAGUAAAAAUCAACUCCAAACACAUUUUUGAUUGAAUGGUUUCGCCUGUUUCUCCUUUUAA